CUUUGCAUGUGCCACGUAGGAUUUUAUCUGUGUUUGUUUAGUUCUUGUUUUGUGAGUAUUGGGACAAAUGUAUUAUGUGCAUGUUGUUAUGUAAAAGCUCUCCAUAAUUACCAGCUUUAAACAAGGCUUCAAGUCAGGCGGAGCUUUAAUAGUGACAAAUAUGCACUGGCAAACGUGUGGCAUCCCAUUCCCACGGCAUGUAUUCAGCGUAAAACAUUAUUACAGCAUUACAUUAGCCAUGUAAACUUAAGUUAACAAAACAACCAAACUCCCAACAACAAAACCCCACCCAGUUUUAUAAGGGUGCCUCCAUUGGCCUGUGUGUCUGUAAAUCCGUUCCCUCUUUAUUUGGCUGCUGCCAUUGGUCGGCGGUGACGACAAUCCUGAAACGUGCUCCCGCCCACCGAGCGGAUCAAGUUUGAAUGAACAACAGCAGUCUCUUCUAGAGGUGGUAGUUGCAUUUGCAGUAAUUACUAAAAGUGUGUUAUCAUAUCGCGGGUGCGCCGAUCAAGGAUGGACAUGAAGAAAAGAAUUCACCUAGAGUUGCGGAACCGCACUCCGUCAGAUGUCAAAGAACUUGUGCUAGACAACUGUCGCUCAAACGAAGGCAAGAUCGAGGGUCUAACAGACCAAUUUGAGGAGCUGGAAUUUCUAAGCACAAUCAAUGUUGGACUGACGACAGUUGCCCACUUGCCGAAGCUAAAUAAACUCAAAAAGCUUGAACUCAGCGAUAACAGGAUCUCAGGAGGGUUGGAAGUUCUGGCAGACAAAUGCCCCAACCUCACACAUCUCAACCUCAGCGGCAAUAAGAUUAAAGACCUCAGCACAAUAGAACCAUUGAAAGAAUUGGGGACCCUGAAAAGCCUAGAUCUGUUUAACUGUGAAGUGACAAACCUGAACGAAUACAGAGACAACGUAUUCAAGCUACUACCCCAGCUCACGUACCUGGAUGGGUACGACAAAGACGACAAAGAGGCCCCAGAUUCUGAUGCUGAGGUUUAUGCAGAGGGCUUGGAUGAUGACGAGGACGAUGAAGACGAUGUAGAUGAGGAGGAGUAUGAUGAAGAUGCAGCACCAGGAGACGAGGAGGAGGAAGAGGGAGAGGAAGAUGAGGAGGAGAAUGAAGAAGAGGAAGAGGAGGACCUCAGUGGAGAGGAGGAAGAGGAGGAAGAUGUGAAUGACAGAGAGGUUGACGAUGAGGAUGAUGAGGAAGAGCGAGGUCAGAAGAGAAAAAGAGAACUGGAUGAAGAAGGAGAGGAGGAUGAAGACGAUUGAGAGUCCUCUUGAAGCUAAGUUGUGAACUGUUUUAAACUUGUAUCUCCCAGUCACUUCCCAACAAGCCCAUGUAUUUUUCCCCCAGUUUCAUAUUGCAGUAGGAGUGGUUUUUGUUAUUGGCCAGUCAGGUAGACGGGGUUAUCUGGAGAAAUAAGUUAAUUUUAUGUACCUUUGAUGCUCCCGUGUUUCAGUCUUUACAGUCCACUUUUAACUGCUUUGUGGACACCAAUUUUGUAAUAUCAAAUAAUAGCAGAGAUAAACCUUUUUAAGAAAUGUUUUUGUUUUCUCACCGUUUGUGUAAAACCAGUUUCUGAUGACUUAUGUAUUUUAAGACCCCCCUUCAAAAGAAAAAACAAAAUGAAACAAAAAGAGUGCAUGUCUAAUACAUUUUAAAGUCAACUACUGGAUUUCAUGUAUGGCUGUCCUCUCCUCGUCUUAAACUUAUUUUUGCAUUGUUUUUUUUUUUUUUUUUUUAAUGUAAGUUAUGUAUUUGUAGUGUCACCAGUAUGCCAAUACUCUCUGCUGUCCUGGUGUGAAACUUGUGUCUGAACAUGCACAGUGUGACCCUCACAGGGCAUAUUUUUAAAUCAUAGCAAAAACAUGUCUGCCCUUGUCAAAGCUGCUCCUCCUCCUUAAACCCUCAGCUUUGAUAGUUCGGAAAUUACGUGUUCUUGUAAAUAAUGACCAAAUCUAUUUUUUUGUAUUCUCUUUGAUGAUGGCAGACAUUGAACAGACAACUGAGGUGAAACUAUGAAUUGUAAUAAGAUAUUAAAUAUGUAUGCUGCUUUAUCUAAAGUACGCAGUGUGAAAUUUCUUGAAUUUGAACAUAACUUUGUAUGCAUAAUCUUUCCAUAAAGAGAAAUGUUCAACAUCAGAACUCAUUAUCGCUUUUUCCAUGUUCUUUUCUGUGACACACAGGUGGCAAUGUUUGAAUUUGUGGUGGUAGUGUAGAGAAGUACUUGAUAAAAACUGAGGUUACAACCGCAACUUAUGUGCAUUUGAAAAUUUAUUGUUUUACAGUGUAAACUCUGGAAAACGGUCAGUUAUUUGGACUUUGUUUUUCACUAUUAUACGUAAUGGUCAAAUUGGCCUACCUCAGUGAUUUUUCACUGUUAAAUUCACUGUCAUCAGCCAAAUUGUUUCUUUUUCCCUCCCAUUCACUUCAAUAAAUCCCUUUUUAUAUA